AAGAAAAAAGGUCGAUUCUCAAACGCAUUUUAUUUCUUUGCCUUCCCAGAGCGCUGCAUGCAGUUUGGUCAUAUCUUUGCUGUUUCAACGCUCGGCAGUAUCUAUUUUUAUUUAUGCCUAUGGAUUUAUAUGUCGCGGAAAGGAAAAUAUCGUGUUAAUGGCUAAAAACGCUUCACCGGCAAUGGUUGUCGAUAAGGAUAAAAAGAAGAAGGAGCGGAGUCGGGAUAAAAAGAAAAAACGCUCUGGAUCAACUAGCAGUGACAGCAGUCAGUCUUCAUCAGACAGUUCUUCAUCUUCUUCAGAUUCAAGUUCAAGUAGCAGAAGUUCAUCAUCAUCUUCAAGUUCAUCUUCUUCGUCCUCAUCAAGUAGUGCAUCAGAGAGAAUUCGCCCCAAAGGAUCAGAUAGAGCACGUAGUAGAAGUCCAAAACUCAAAGCAGAAAAAAGUAGGGAAUCGAAGCCAGUAAAAACUGAUAAACCUAAAGCAGACACAACUGUCCCUCCAAGGCGUAGUCAAUCUCCGCCUGUCGAGAAAGACAAACCUAAAAACAGAUCGCGAUCCCAAUCUCCUCGUCGCAAACGAAGGGAGCGUUCUGUUACACCAAGACCUGUUAGGAUUCAUAUUGGCAGAUUAACUCGCAAUGUCACAAAAGAACAUGUUCUUGAAAUAUUUUCAGUCUACGGAAGUAUAAAAUCAGUAGACUUUCCUUUAGACAGAUUUCAUCCUCAACAUGGGAAAGGAUUUGCUUAUGUUGAAUACCAAACCCCAGAUGAAGCUGAAGAUGCUAUGAAGCACAUGGAUGGUGGUCAAAUAGAUGGGCAAGAAAUAACAGCAGCACCAGUUUUAUUGCCAAAGCCUAGACCGCCUGUGCGAAGAAUGUCACCUCCUGGUUCCAGGAGACCUGCUCCAAGAUGGAGAGGACGUUCUCCCCCAAGAUAUAGAAGACGCAGUCCACCUCGAAGGAGGUCACCCCCAAGAAAGCGAAGUAGAUCAAGGAGUCCCCAAAAGAGACGCAGGCACAGUAGGUCUAGUUCAAGCAGUUCCAGAUAA